CAGGCAGCCACGCCGACGACGACCUGCCCUUCAGCCGCACCAAGCGCACCACAUUAGACUCGCUUGCAAGUGGCACGUAUAUUCAGACAUAAUGGAGCUCGGGUCGUCGUUUGGGCCCAAGCUCAAGCUUACCACCCGCCUGAGGGAGAUCCUUGCCAUCUACCCCGCUGGCGUCUCGGUCCUCCGGGAGCUGCUGCAGAACGCAGACGAUGCCGGUGCGGCGACACUCGCGCUCUGCCUCGACAAGCGAGAGUUUGACACAGACUCGCUGGCCUUUCCGGGACUCGCCCCGUUUCAGGGUCCAGCGCUGCUGGCGUACAACGACGCUGUGUUCUCGGAUGCCGACUUUGAGUCGAUCCAGCGCGUCGGCGACUCGGGCAAGGCGAGUUUGCGGACCAAGACCGGCCGCUUCGGCAUCGGCUUCUGUGCUGUCUACCACCUCACCGAAGUUCCUUCGUUUGUCUCGCGCUCAAAGCUUGUAUACUUUGACCCGUCGCUGCGCUCGCUUCCUCGGGUCUCCGCCGCCGAUCCGGGCACCGCCAUCGACAUGACCGACCCUGGCGUCGCCGAUGCGCUCUCGUCGCACGCAUCGCAGUUUGCGCCGUAUGCGCUGCCGGCAGGAGCUCUUGCGCCCGGCCAGGCCGAUUAUGAUCCGCUUGCCGGUUCCAACUUUGAUGGCACCCUCUUCCGGCUUCCCCUCCGGACUGAAGACCAGGCAGCGGCGUCCGAGCUCUCCAAGGAGGCCUUUACCUCUGACGAUAUACUGCAGCUAUUCGACGACUUUGCGCACGACGCCCACAACAUGCUCCUUUUUCUCAAGCACGUCGCCUGUGUCAACCUGUUAGUGUGGGAGGCCGGUGCUAGCGCUCCCUCUCUGCUUGUCUCUCUCACCGCCGCCACCCGAUCUCUGCCGCCGGAGCUCCCGCUGCCACGGCACCCGCUCACGUUGCUGCCGCCGUCAGCCUCGCCGCGGUCGCUUCUCAACCAAGUUGUAGGUUCGACGCCAACCGCUUGGAUCGAGGCCUCGGCCGCGUCUACAACCGUCGCCUACGUCCUCGAUGUAACCGUUGCUCGCAGCGGCUCGCCUGAUGUCACGACAUCGCUCCUGAUUCUUCAGGGCCUGACAGGCGGGCAGCCGCUCGCCCUCGCCACUGACGAGACGCUCAUCGAAUUUGGUUUCACCUUUCUGCCGCUUGUCGGCCUCGCGCUCCCACUUCAUCGCGGCUGCCUCGGUCGAGCCUUUUGCACCCUCCCGCUUCCGACCCACACCGGGCUCGCCUUUCACAUCAACGGUGCCUUUGAGCUCUCGUCCAACCGGCGCGACAUCUGGCAUGGCCUUGACUUGACCGGCCUUGGUAAGACCCGUGCCGACUGGAACAAUGCCCUCAUCACCGAGGGCAUCCCGCCGCUCCUCAGCCUUGGCCUCGCGCUCGUCUCCCGGCCUGGUCUCUCCGCCCAUCGCCUUUUGCCUGCCGAUCUGCUCCCGGAGCCAACUUCCGUCCACCCGCCUUGGUCUUCGCUGCUUGCGCCGCUUGCAUCCUCUACUCUGGAUCCACCGCUUCCGCUCUUUGUUCCCGACAACCCUGACGCGGGUCUUGUUGCACUUCCCGACGCCCGUCUCUUACCACCGUCGGUGCCAGCCGACUCGCCGCUGGCACUCGCCAUUGCUCAUUGCGUCGACGAUCCCGCCCACAUGGUAACGACGUCGCCGCCUCAUCUCCUUCGAUUACUGGCAUGCUCGCCAGCGACAUCAGCGGCGAUAGAGAAGGCCACUAUUGCACCUGCAUGGAUUACUGCCAGCGUUCUGCCUCUCCGACCGCGCUACCCGGUGAGCGAGCCUGGCGUUGCGCUGCUCGCCUGGCUAGCAGCUACCCCCGGACUAGAUCUCAGCGGGGACGGCCCGCUCUUCCCGCUCGCUUCUGGAGAGUUUUCCCCGCUUCCUGCGCAGGGCGCCUACAUUGCUGCCCCAAACUCUCCCGAGGCGCUGCUUCUUGCUGCGCUUCUCCCCGAGCGCAGCGUGGCUUCUGCUGUCGAGGGUACCGAUGUCUUCGACAUGCUCACUUCGCUAACGCCAGACCGGCUUGGGCAUCGUCUUGUUGUCGUAGCUGGGCCGGGUGACCUUCCACAACGCGACCUUGUCGCCGUGGCGUCGGCGUCGCCAGACGCCGUACUCGCCUACAUGAAAGUGCGCAAAGGCAGCGCGACGAAGCUUGCUGGAGCGCAAGUGGUCCCUGUUCUCGCCGCCACUGACAGAUACCCGGUCCCAUCGUCGCUUGCGACGUCGCGACUUGUUCUGCCGCCGCACGCCGCCUCGCUCCUGGCCAACCAAGCCGACCUUCCGCGGCUGUUGCUCUCGCUUGGGCUUCCUGUGGCGGCGACGCGCAGCGGGCUCACAGGUCUUGCGCACGAGUUCUCCUUUGACGGCCUGGCGCGCGCAGCCUCGGUCGCUCCGUCAGACUUUGCGGCUGCCAUCAGCACACUCUCUGCUAGUGAUGCGAACACACUACGCUCUCUGCUUGCUGACCUCAAGACCAGCACCCACGCCAACCUCGACUCGCCGCACACUGCUGACUUUGCAGCGAGCCUAAUUGCAGCUCCGAUGUGGCCGCACAUUGCGUGCGGAGGCGGGACUCAGCUCGGCUCUCUCGGUGCCCACUUUCUUGUCCCGCCGGCCACACCGAGUGCGCUGCUGGCGCCGUCAUGUCUUGCGCCGCUGCCAGCGUCUGUCCAUGGGCUUGCUGUCUGGCUCGCGCCGUUCGUCGAGCAGCUCGACAGCAUUGGAGUCAUUGCCCGCGCCUUUGUGCCAUGGCUUGCAGACUUGCUCUCUGCCGACGAGGCUGUGCCACUCCCGGGUCACAUCGAUGUCGGCAUCCGAUUGGCGCUAGAGAACGUCGACGCGCUCCGCGACGAAUAUCCCGUAGCGGUUGACAUCCUUGCUUCGCUUCCGUUUGUGCUCCGGGCCGGCGGCGACAGCUGCGCCCGCGCCCGUGCCAAUGAGCUGUAUGAUCCUCAAAGCGAUGAGUCUCAGCUUGCAGUCCUCCUCCCGCCAAACCACUUUCCGGCCGAGGGCUACACGGCUCCGAUCCCUCUGCAUGCGCUGCGGCGCCUCGGUCUGCGUAGUCGGCUCACACCCGAUGCAGUUGUGGCAGCUGCAAAAAGCGCCGCUGCAGAUCAAGCCUGCGACCGCGGCAGCUUGCUCCUCGAGUACCUUGCCGUUCAGCCGCGACUGGUGUCGUCGCUCACCGAACACCAGCUUACCGCUCUCCGCUCGACGCCGUGGCUUCCGGUUGCCGGCUGCCCACCGAAUGACCUGCCAUGGCUCCCCUGGCGCGGAGCCGAGGAAGCUCGACCGACCGCUGCCCCAAGAGAUGUCGUUCCUCCGCAGUUGGCUGCAUACGCUUCGGUCUCCCGAUUUGUGCUCGAUAGCCAUCGUUCGCUCGCCUGGCCGCGCCACGUUGUCGAUGCUCUUGGCUGGCCAGGUGGUGCUGAGGACCUUGAUUCUGAGCUGGUAGUUGCCCAGCUGGUGGCGCUUGGUCAACUGCAAGCGCCUGAUCUCGCCCACGCCGGUGCCGCACUGGCUCGCAUUGUUCCGCAUGUGUACGCGCUACUUGCAUCGGCGCUUGGUGAAGCCUCGGCUCCGCGCCCUGACUGGAUGGAGCGUCUCUGUAGGCCGGGCAUCCGGUGGAUUUUCCAGGGCUCGGCGUUUGUUGAAGCCGGCGUGGUGGCGUUUUCGGCGGUCACUGACCUCCGCCCGCUGCGGUAUGUCGUGCCUGCAGACAUGGUUCCGUUUGGCCCGCUCUUUGUCGCCGCCGGGGUGCCUCCCGCGUUUCCACCCCGGGUCUAUCUCGAGGUGCUCGCGGAGGUGGCGAGCGCGGGGCCGACAGCCUGGCCGAUCUCGCUCGAGCGGGUGACCGCCAUUCUGAUUCAUCUCGCCUCGAUUGUUCACACGCUCACGCCCGACGAGCGCGGCGCUGUUCUGCUGCCGGAUACCCGGCGGCGACUGGUGCCAGCCGCAAGCCUCACCGCCAACGACGCGCAGUGGGUCGAGUCAGGCAGCGGGGCACUGCCAGACGGCGUAGGGGCCGCUGAUGUGGUGUAUGUUCACGACGGGCUAGCCACGUCGGUUGCGCUUGCGCUCGGCGCAAAGUCGCUACGGGCGCUGCUCUGGGCGCGGGCGUCGGAUCACAUGGCGCUAGCCGCUGUUAACGCGGAGGAGUUUUCGCAGUCCCAGUCGCUCACCCACACCAUCUCCGGUGUGCUCGAUCUCUAUCCAUUCGGCCUCGGUCUCCUCCACGAGCUGGUGCAGAACGCAAACGAUGCCGGUGCGUCCGAGGUUGUAUUUUGCCUUGACCUUCGCAACCAUCCACGCGACAAGCUCCUCGCCGACUCGAUGGCUGAACUUCAGGGACCAGCGCUGCUCGUCUACAACGACGCCCCGUUCACAGAUGCAGACUACGCCGCCAUUGCGUCUAUAGGACAGGGCGCCAAGGCGGCGGAUGCGGCAGCGACUGGCAAGUUUGGCCUCGGUGUAUGUGCCACCUACCACGUCACCGACACGCUCACCUUUGUCUCGGGCUCAUCGCUGGUGGUCUUUGAUCCACACGGAAGGCACCUUCCGUCGGCGUCGGCCGGCAUCCGCCUGCGGCUGGAUCCGGGGUUGGCAAGCAUGUUUCCGGACCAGUUUGCGCCGUUCUGUGUCCUGGGUCACCGGCUGGAUGCACCGCUCGACGGCACGCUGUUCCGGCUCCCGCUGCGAACCUCGGUCCAGGCGCGUGACUCGGCAUUUGGUGGGCAAGUCUCGCCGCGUGCCAUCCUUGAUCUUUUCGCGGCGUUUGAAGCUGCGCCCGACGCCGCCGGCUCUCUGCUCUUCCUCUCCUCUGUCUCUCGUCUCAGCUUUCGCGUUUUCGCCGACGCCCCGCUGCCGAGCCAAGCCCAGCAGGCACUUGUGGUGGCUGCUGGUUUUCCUCAUGCCGACCUCCAUGGUGCGGGCGAGCUGUUUGCGUUUUCGCGUGCCGCUCUCAAGGCGUCGCCGCUCUCAGCGCCGGGCACUGUGCUUGCGCCAGGAGGUUCACUCGUGGUGCCGCCGCCUGCGCGCGCGUCGAGGGCCGCGUUUGCGCGCUGGCUGCAGACGAUCGAGCAGCAGCCGGGACACAGCAUGCUCGCUGGGCAUGCAGCGGCGGCGGGUAUUCUUGCUCACUCGCUUGCCACCAUGUCGCUCGUACACGCGCCAUCGGGAUCCACCACCGCGUUUGCUGUCGCGUCAGCAGUGGGAGGUGUCGAGGCGACGCGGCUCGCGGUUGAGCAGGCAAACGCCAAGCAGCGCGGUGUUGUUCGACUGGUGCCGUUUGCGCAAGUCGCCAUCCCGCUCGCGAGCAGUGGCAACGAGGUGACCGAAGCUUGCUCGCGAGUCUUUGUAGGCCUUCCGCUCCCGCUCCACUCGGGUCUUCCGCUGUGGAUGUCGGCAUCGUUUGAGGUCUCGUCCAAUCGACGCGAGCUGUGGAGUGCAUCCCAAACCGAGCAAGGUGUAGCUGCCCAGCGCGCUGCCUGGAACGCCGCUCUUCUCCGCGGGCUGCUUCCGUUUACCGCCUCACUAGCGCUUGUGGGGGUGGUCUUGAGCAUGGGACCCAAUCCACUGCCUGGCGACAUUGUGGCCCGCUGGCCACACCGGCUGAACCUGGCGAGCGAGGCCUUUGCACCGAUGAUUGACGCGAUGUACGUCGAUUUGCUACCGGUGCUGCCACUUUUCGGCGACGAUCGUUCGAUAUUGCAUCCGUCGUUUGUCCUUGUCGAAUCAGAAGCGUUCGAGGCAGUGUCCAACUCGCGUGUGGCCCGCGUCGUAGCCAGCCUCGGCUACACUCUUGUACCGAUACCGUCUGCUGUCUUGGCCUCGCUGGGGCCGACCGCCAACGCGCUUUCGCCAGGUCUGGUUCGGGCCAUGCUUCGCGAGCACGGCUCCAAGCGCGUCGCUGGCGCACUUGUUGGCGAGAUGUCCGAGACCGACGAGUUGGUGGGGUACUUGAUGUCGGAUCUCAUUCCGCUGGAUCUUGUCGCGCUGCCCGAGCUCAUGGGUCUUCCGCUGCUGCAACUGCUUGAUGGACGGGUGGAGACGAUUGCGCCGCCGCCUACCACGGUGGUGGCAGUGUCUGUACCGAGUCUGCGUCUCGCGAUUGAGCGAGCGGCAGCGGCCGGGGGCAUUGGCGUGGUCGAUGCGUCUGUGGUGCCGCCUCAACUCCACGACGUACUGGCCUGGCUUGCGGCGCUUGAACCGCAGGCUGCAAACCUGGUCUGGGCCGAGAAUGCCGAGCAGCUGCGGUAUGUGCUCGCCCGUGGGCUAGACACUGCUGGUGAUUGCCCGCAGCUGGGAAGCGAGCCGUGGCUCUCUCGCGCGUGGGUGGAUGCGGUGUGGUGUGGUGUCGAAGACGCGGUAUUUGCCUCGCGCAGCGUGCUCUUUGACCUUCCGCUGGUCAUUGCCCACGACGGGCUCCGGCUGGUUGCCAUGGCUCAACCGGGUCUCUGCGAUGGUUCAGGGAUGGAUGAAGAUGUUUGCGACGCUCUGCGUGUGCUUGGGCUUACGUUUGCCGAGCCAGGCCUCCUUGCCGCCCACGGAUGGAUGUCGGGCCACAUGGCGUCGUGCGAGCUGGGGUCGAUUGCCACAGCGCUUGAUGCCGUGACUGCAGGCUGGGCCGAGAGCGACUGGCAGGCCUCGCCUAAGCGUGAGGCUGCACUCGAGGUGGUAGCUGAGUAUCUUUUGUCGGCGCUGGCGUUACCAGUCGGUGCCAAGACACUUGCUGGCAGCGCCGCGCUUUCGGCGCUUGUCACGCGGAUGCCGCUGGUGACGAUCUACGGGGCUGACGGAGUUGUGCAGCGGGUGGCGCUGUGCGGUGUCGAUGCGGUCCUCCCGCCUGCCUCGGUAUGUGAUGCCACGUUGCUUGGCUCGCUCAACGCUGACUCUUUGGCAACACCGUCGGGGUCGCGGCCGCGAGUCUUUGUGGUGGCACGGAGCGCGGCCGAGCGCGGCGCGCUCGGCGCGCUGGGUGUGACCAUCCUCAAUGAGACACGGUUCUAUCGCGAAGUCUUCCUCCCGCAGCUGGCGAGCAGCAGCCAAUCGGUCCUAGCUCCGGAGCUUGUGCGUUCGGAGCAAAUGCGGGUGCUUCUGGCACGGCUGCCGUCGCUGGUGGAAGAGGCUCCUCUUGUUGAGCAGCUGCGGAGAACACCGCUGGUGGCGACGCGGAGUGGCACGCUGGUCACUGCUGCCGAGCUGUACCACCCUGAUGCCAGGAUGGCUGCGCCGUUUUUGGACGCCAAGAGUCAGGUGCCUGGACCUGAGUUUAGCUCUCCCGAGGUGCUUGCCGGGCUUGCGGUCCUUGGCCUGCGACCGUCCGCCGACGUUGAUGCGGCCAUGACUGCGGCGCGCCAGCUUGCGGCAGCCGAGCCGGACGCGGUAAGCCUUGAGCGGGCAGUGGAACUGUUUGGCUGGUUGGGUCGGGUGUGGCCAGUGCUGAUGGGUGAGUCCGAGCCUGAUUCAACCGACUUGAGCGACUCGUUCUCCGACUCUGACGAUGAUGGCGGCGAGUGGAGCGGCAGCCGCAACAGCCCAAGCCGGGUCCUGGAAUUGCUUGACAUUGCGUGGCUCCCACUCGACCCCAAUGUGCCGCAUCCGUUCCUGCCGCGAUGCGAUGCGGGGAGCAGCGGCCGGGCGCCGCCGACGGCAUGCAAGCCGCCGGGCGUCGACAGCUGGGCACUCUGGUCUGGGUCGCAUGCUGUGGCGCACCCUUCCCUGGGUGGGGAUGUGUUGAGUCGCGCACCCAAGCUCUGCGACGCGCUGGGAUGGUCCGCGCCGCCGACUGGCGCCUCACUAGUGCUGCAGCUGCAGGGCAUGGCACGCAUGCUAACCGAAGAGUGUGUACAGUGGGACGGCAUCGAGGAUGUGCUGGACAAAGUCUACAACGCGCUGGCGGAUCUGCCGCCACGAACGCAGCCAGCACCCGAGUCUGUGGCAAAGCUUCCGGUGGUGUGGCUUGGUGACGGGGGCUUUGUGCCGCCGCUUCGGUGCGCACUCUCGCCAGGCAAGGAGCUUGCGGCCGAGGGCGUGGGCGAUCUCGCGCCGUGGCUGUGGGUAGUGCCGACGACGCUUCCGACGUCUUUUGUGGCUGCAUACCAAGUGCUGGGCGUUCCCGCGCAUUUCGCUCCUGCUGCGCUGGUGGCGUGUACUGAUGCAGUGGCCGCUUCUGUGGGCGACGGCGGCAUACUCGCUGAGCGCGAGCUAGAUCUGAUGUUGGGUGUGCUGCGGGCUCUGGGCGGAGCGAUAGACGAAGGCCUUGAGCUGGAUGAGGUGUUUGUGCCGACAGUCUCGCACCGGGUGGUGGCAGCGAGUCGGGCAUACGUCAACGAUGCGCAGUGGUUGGAUCCGAGUGCGCUUGCGGCCAAGGAGGCUGAGGGCGCGUUCUAUGUGGUGCAUGCAAAGGUGCCGGCGAGUGUGGUGGCAGCCAGUGUGAGCCUCUCGCUGCGCAAUCUGCUCACUGCGCACGACGAGGCGACGACCCAGCUGCGGUGUCCUGGGUCGGCGGAGCUGGCGCCGCUUGCGGCGCUGUGGGGCGCAUCGACCGCGGACGGCUUGUUCCGCGUGGCAACGGAUCUGAUGCUGGUGGCUGAUGCCAUGGGUGCACGCAAGGCGCGGUUGGUGCUUGAUGCGCGGCACCAUGCUAGCGUCUCGCUGCUCCAACCGGGCCUUGCGGCUGGGCAGGGCCCAGCGCUUGUUCUUCUUGUGCCUGGGGUGGAGCUCGAUCUCUCGCUGCUGGGCGAGUUUAUGGCCGAUCCACGGGUCGGCACGGUGCAGCGAGGUCUGCUCCGCCGAGCGUUUGUGGUCGGGCCGCUCGUCCAAGUCCUGUUUGGCUCGACACUUGCGCUGUUUGACCCGAGUGGCGAGUGUCUCACGGCUGAGCUUGGUCCGAACGACAAUGCGGGGAGCUCGGGCUCGUCGCGCGGACAAGCGACGGCGUACGAGAUUCACAACUCCAAGGUGGUGACUCGGUUCCCGGACCAGUUUGCGCCGUUCGGUGUCUUGGGACUUGCCCCCAGUCGGCGGGUGGGCGGGACGGUAAUCCGAGUCCCGCUUGCGGGCGGCGUGGCCAACAGCGCGGCGCUGGCGGUGCUUGCGGAAAGUCUUGCAGCGCGUGCCGACUCGAUGCUUGUGUUUCUGCGGAGCGUUGCGGAUGUGCGCACUGUGGCCGUUGAUGAAGACGGCGAGACGAGCCAGGUCUUCCGAGUGAGUCUCGCGGGUGGCGAGGAGCAGCUUGCACGCCGCAACGCUCUGUUCACCUCGACGCAGUGGGUCGGGUGGCGGAUGCUUGCGUUUCAGCCGACACGGCUUGAUGUCUCGCUAGGCAUACGAGUGGUGCGACCCGAGGCGGGCGAGCCGGAGAUGGUGCAGUGGCGGGUGGUGGCAUUGGUGGGUGCCGGUGGAACGCGUGCAAUGGCGCGCGACAAAGCUAACGCAAGCCUUGGGCUGUAUCCGAUGGGUGCGGUGGCGGCGCGGGUGAGUCCUGGGCCGUGCGCCGGCGAGAUGGUGGCGCCGUUGGCGUUGGGGGCUGGCCGGCAGGAGGCUGGGCUCCCGGUGCUGGUGAGCGGUGGAUUUGUGGUUGAUCCGCUCGGCUCGGACGUGGUGUGGACCGACCGAGUGCGAAUCGGCGCGCCGAGCAGCCUGGAUGUGGCGGAGCUGGUCCGGAUUGCCGAGUUCAACGCAGAGCUCCUCACGCAAAAUGUGGUGGGCGCAUACGCGAUGCUUCUCGAGUCGCUUGCGAGCCAAGCGGCGCUGGCUCAGCCGGAGACGUACUACGGAACUUGGCCGAGUGAUCUCCGCGAUCCGCGGCUGGAGCGCCAGCUACGUGGUCCGCUGUACACCGCGAUGGUGGCGCGGCCGGUGUGGAAGCUGGCGUCGAGCUCGGCGAGCUGGGUAACGGCGGAUCAAGGCAUGCUGGUUGAAGAUGGGGCGUCUGCUGGCGUUGUCGACUUUGGUGCCAAGUUCUUUGCACUCCAUGACUUGCCUCCGGGACUCAGCUCGCAGGUGGCGAGGCAGCUGCGGCAGACCGGCGGAGGCGAUGUUCAGUUUCUCACGCCUCAGGCCCUGCGGCGGGUGCUUACCGCGGACGGGCUUGGCAUGGCGCACUUUGAUUCUAUGGCCCAGGUGGGUGAGGUGCUUGCCUUUGUGGUAAGCGACGUGCUCGGCAAUGAUCGCGAGGGCCCGCUCGCUGACGCCCUGGCGAGUCUGGAGGGUGUACGUGUUCUGGCGACGAUGGGUGGGACGUUGGAGGCGUUUGCAGACCUUCGCGACGAUGCGAGCGACGCCUCGCUGAUCGGCUCGUUGCUCUCGGGCAUUGGGGCAGCGUUCCGGCGGCGCGAGAGUGCCAAGGCGCAGGAGCGAGUGGCGGCGCUGGAGGCUGUGCGUGCGCAGCGCCGACGAGCGCCGCUGCUGCUGUCUCGGACGGCCGACGACGACCACUACCGAUUGCUCCCAGUGCUCGGCUCGUGGGUGAACAUGAGCGUAGCACGGGUGUUCAACGCUGUGCUGGACGGCCUUGAUCCUUGUGAGACUGAGGGCGUCGCGCUGGAGCACGGUCUCGGGGUCACGUUUUUUAGCCCGGACGUGCUCGCGCGGCUGGCACCGUCGAUGGCAGAGGUACCGGUCGAGGGCGAAGCCGCAACGCCGGCGGCUGCCGAGUGGGUGCAGUUGGUGUGGGCUUAUUUGGUGGCUGAGGCUGAGAGUCGCGGAGAGCAGGCCGCCGAUGUGAUGGGCGAUCUGGAAGCGCUGCCGCUCCUUCCGCUCCGUGGCGAGCAAGUGGUGUACGUUUCCGGCUCGCUGCUGCCUCAGUGCGUGCUGCCGACAGGCAACCUUGCGCGACAGGGGGCACACUGGAGAUGAUGGCGGAGCUAGGCAUGCGGCUGCUUGCGGCUCGGGAGCUGGGUGAGGCAUGUGGCUCGGUGAGUCUUGCGGGCGUGACAGCAUCGAGUGACGAGGAGGCUGGACGGGCGUUGAUGCGGUGGCUAGGCGAGAGCAGAGUCGGCCGGUCCCAGCUGGCGGAGCUCGGACGCCGGCAUCGGCGUGAGCUGGCGCAAACGAUUAUUGCGCUUGUGCGCGACGGCGAGGCUCUUGAUGUCGAGCUUACGCGGCAGCUGCCGAUCUUUCCGGACCUCGAUGGCGCCUACGUGGCGCUUCCGCGCAGCGACGAAGCGACGCGGUAUGUGCUCAACGAUGCAAGCGUGCUUGACGGUCUUCUUGCGGGUGCACUAGAGUCGGCAGAGACGAGCAAUGAGCUACGGGCUAUGUUCGUUGGCGCUGACGCUCGGUACGCUGAUGUGUACGCGGCUGCAGGUGUGGUGGAAGUCGAUGUGGGCGCUGCGCUGCAGCUUGUUGGUGUCGACGGUGGGUAUGCGAUGCUAAGUCCUGUAAUGCAGGCUCGGUUUGUGGACUGGAUUGGCGAGCACUGGGACGAGUUAUGCGGCGACGCGGGUGCAAUGAGCGUGCUGCGGGAGGCGCGGGUGUUUGGUGAAGCUUGCCUGCGGGCGUGCGAGCUGUUUGACGAGCGUGUCCCGCUCUUUGCCGCCGUGCUCAUGUCGCCCGAAGUGGGCCACGCGGAGCGGCACAUCUACCGCCGCAAGAGCUCCGGGGUGACGCGCACUGGCAACGCAUUCUGUCCGCGCUUGGCAUGCGUUGCAGCGUGGAUUGCGAGUCUGUGGUAGCGUUGGCCGAGCUCGUAGACCGCGAUCCGGGUAACGUGGCGGGCGGGCGAGCUCUGGCGAGUGCACUGGCCGGCGAGUUGAGCACGCGGGUGCUCGCCGGCAACCGGCAGGUGGCGAGUGCUCUGGGUAUGCUCCGGAUUGUGCCUGCGACGGUGGCAGGUGCGCGACGUAGCGAGCUGGUGCGGUACGCGGAUGCGUGUCUGCCGGGCGACGCAGCGCUGUGCUUCAAGGUCAAGCCUGUGAUGGAGGCAUGUGCAGAGCCGCGGCGCGAUGUGGCGAUGCUGCUGGGCGUGGUGCAGCCGCUUGGGCUGGAGACGGUGGUGGCCAACUUGCUUGCCAUCAGCGAGGACGACCUCGAGCUGUGGCCGCUGGAUCUGGUCGGAUGCGGGGUGGAUGCUGCCUUUUGCGCGAUGUACGAGCUGGUGCAGAGCGGGCUGGAGGAUGGCCGCGAGGCGGUGCGUGUUCUGGAACGUGCGGCGGUGGUGCCUGUCUCGGGUUCGCGGUUGCUGCCGCCGCGGAUGGUGUUUGAGGCGUGUAGCGGAGAGUGGGAGCCGUUUGUCGCCGAGGUGCCGAGCGCAUUCCACCCGUACCUCCGGUUGCUUCGGGUUCUGGGGUGCGGCCGCGUGUGAGUGAGGCGCAGAGCCGCGAGAUGCUUGCAGAGGUCGAGGCGGCGUCUGUGGUGCACGCUGGCAUGUGGCUCUCGCCGUAUCACAUGGCCGGGUACACCGCGCUUGUGCGGAGCUCUAGUGUGGCGCCACGGCUGCUGCCCGACGGUGAUGCGGUGCUGCGCAUUGGCGCGCGUCUAAUGCUCUGCCAGCUGCUGCCAGCAAGCGUGCGUGAGCAGUUGGUGGCCAUCGCGCCAAGUGCGGUGGUUCAUCCGAGCCUGGAUGCGCGGCUUGCGGUGGGAGUGGCGGCUGAGCCGAGCUGGCGGGUGGUCGGGGAGUGGCAGGUCUGGCCGCGAUGGCAAGGCAAGCUGGCGGGAUGGAAAGUGAUGACGACGCCGGCUGCAGAUGUCGGAGUGCAGGUCGAGGUGCGAGCGAGCGGGGACGGCGCGGUGCAGGUUGCUACUGUCGAGUGGGCGGCGGCCGAUGGGCAGGUGUGGAUCCGUGCCGGUGACGAGGCCAGUAUGGCGAUAGCGGUGGCCGAAGCGGUGGCGGAUGCCUGUGGCGGCGACGCGAUGGAGGUACUCCGCGAGGUUUGGGGUGCGGCGGCUGUUCAGGAGCGACCGAUGUGGCCGUCGCUGGAGUCGCGCGGUGUGCCCGGUAGUCCGGUCGGAGACUGCGAGGUGAGACAGCUAGCGAUCAAGCCGCUGAAACGAUUUGGGCGCGGCGAGGUUGUGGCUGUUGAUGCGUGGCGUGGGACUCGGCCCGGGGCCGAGUUCUUUGUGCACGGGGUGGUUGUUCAAGAGCUGGCGUCAUCGGUCAGUUCUGUCCUCCGUGCUGUUGUGGUCGACGUAGGGGGCUGGCAGGCAGCGGCUAGCAAUUGGCCCGAUGGCGCGCUCGAGGCGUGGCCCGAGCAUGUCGAGCUGCGAAGGGCUGAGCUAGCAUGCACAAGUGUGUGGGUGUUUGGCGUGAGCAGUGGGGUCGGCGGGCAGGAUGCGUCCGCAGCAGGCGGUGCGGAGUCUGUUGCAGGAGGAGGCGGUGGGCAUGUGGCCGGCGCGAGCGCAAGGCCGGACGGCGGCGAGGUGGCGGCGGUUGUGGCGUACAUGGCUGCGGCGCUGGGGCUUCCAGAGGAGAUCGACUCGCGCUCGGUGCAGAAGAUGCUCGAGGAACGCGUGGCGCUCGGCGCAGAGGUGGCGCGGCUGGAGGCUGAGGCGGCGGAGGCGGCGGCGGUGGCGGCGGCGGCGGAAGCGCAAGUGGAGUCGCUGGAGAGCGGGUUGCAGUGCCCGAUCUGCAUGUGCGAGGUUGCAGACCGAGUGCUGACGCCGUGCGGACAUCGCGUGUGCGACGGAUGCGUGGCACAGCUUGUGGGCCGCGGAACCGCCAACUGCCCGAUGUGCCGGGCCGGGUUUGACGGCGUUGUGCGCAUCUGGCUCGAGUGAGAGCCGACAGUAAAAGGCAAACGCUGAUG